UAAGGCCUCGGGGAGACGCGAGGUGGGGGGGCUUUUGGAGAUGGGGGGUUGUUGUGUUGGCCUUGUACAGAACUUGGUUUCGGCUGACUCCCUGUGGAUUCAGGCUGACAACCGAAGUUGCUGAAAAGAAAAUCUGAAGAGGUCAGAGUCUACAGCGUCACCAUGUCAGCACGGCUCAAGCGUGAAUACAACCAUGAAUACCAUCACAAACAGAGCCAAUAUGUGGUUAAAGAAUAUAGCAGCUCUGAGGCGUCAGAGGAAAGAUAUGAGCACAAAACACAAGCUCGCAUCCAGGAAGUGGUAAGAACAAAGAUGGUGGAAAAAUAUGUACGUGAGGAGCCUAUGGUCAGGGGACCGCAGUUCAUCAUCAGACUCAGAUCCCACACUGUGUUUGAAAACACACCGAUCAAACUCUUCUGCACUGUUGAAGGCUUCCCCAUGCCAGUUGUGAAAUGGUAUAGAGAUGGUGUCAUCAUGGACUUGUCCUCAGGAAGAUAUUUGAUUGAGGCCAAAGGUGGAAGUCAUUCCCUGAUGAUCCCAAGAUGUUCAACUGAUGAUACAGCCCAGUACACUGCUGUAGCUGGUAACUCCCAUGGACAGGCUUCUAGCCAGGCGUCCAUUAUUGUAAAGCGAUACAAAGAUGAGGAGGAAUCUAAUCCAUAUGCAUGGCUGCCUUUCACAGCUUCCAUGCUUCCCAAGAUCCAUUACACAAAAAUCAACAUAACCUUUGUAGAGAAGUUCGGCCCGGUGUUUGCUACUGAGGGAGAAUCUGCAACUCUGUCUGCCACCAUGACCCUGAACCCCAACCUGGCCAACCUGCAGCCUGAAGCACAGUGGUAUAGAGAUGAUACUCGUCUGUUUGAUUCUAAGUGGGUGAAGAUUGAAACAGGCAGAGGAAUUACCACCCUGACACUUCCCAACCUUUAUAAAGAUGACGAGGGUCUUUACACAUUGAGGAUGGUCACAAAGGGAGGCACUGCUGAACACAGUGCUUUUGUUUCAGUUGCAGAUGGCCCUCCUCCUGUUGCCCGUGCUCCUGGUGCUCCUAUGGAUAUCAAGAUCCAUGAUGCCAACAGAGACUAUGUCAUUGUGUCAUGGAAGCCUCCCAACACCACCACAGAGGGUCCAAUCAUUGGAUACUUUGUGGACAAAUGUGAAGUCGGAACUGAAAACUGGACCCAGUGCAAUGAUCACCCCAUAAGUCUUAAAUACCCCGUUUCUGGGCUGUUUGAAGGACACUCCUUCUACUUCAGAGUCAGGGCUGUCAACUCCAGUGGAAUCAGUAAACCUUCUCAGUCUGACCCCAUCGCUGUCAAUGGACCUACUGAGCUGGAGAGGCUCCAUGCCAAAAAGCUUGGAGGAAAACUGGACGUUGUGUCUUACAACGAUGAAGUUGAAGCCGAAGGAAAGCCCCCAGGUCCUCCUUCAGGAAUCCAUGUCUGUGAAAUAGACAGGACGUACGUAGUGUUGAGCUGGGAAGGCCCAAAAUACUUCGGCAAGGUUCCCAUGUGGUACUACAUUGAAAAGGUAACAGAGCCAUAGCCAUGGCAAAACACUGAGGCCUGGCAGCGUGUUAACACUAAGGUCCCUAUCCGAUCUACCCGGUACGCCGUCUUUGACCUGGCAGAGGGCAAGGAAUACAAGUUCAGAGUUUUGUCUGCUAAUAUGUACGGUGCCAGCGCUCCAUCACAGCCAUCUGGACUGGUUGAAACUCUGCAACUCAAAGGUGUGCCAUCUGCUCCGGGUCAAGUGGUUGCAACAAGGGAAACAGACACCUCCCUCCUCAUCCAGUGGGCUCCACCAAAAGAACCCAACAAUCUGAUUGGUUAUUACAUUGACCAGUGUGUUAAGGGCACCAAUAACUGGACCUCAGCCAAUCACAAACCUCACAAGAGCACCAAAUUUGUGGUCAGUGGUCUGACCACAGGAGAAACCUAUAUCUUCCGUGUCCAGGCUAUUAAUGAACUGGGUCUCAGUGAUGAAUCUCAGGAAUCUGCCCCUCUCUCUGUCAGAGCUGCCCUCACCAACCCUUCUGCUCCUUAUGAUAUUGCACUGCUCAACUGUGAUGGCCGUUCGAUGGUUCUCAACUGGAAGAAGCCUCUUCAUUCUGGAGGUACAGAGAUCAAGGAGUAUUAUGUGGACAAAAGACGCAGUGGAACAACCAUGUGGAGGGAGAUCCACAUUCCACCAGUCACAGAGAGACUUUAUAAGGUUGAGGGCCUGACUGAAGGAGCGGUCUAUCAGUUCCAUGUCUACGCAGCCAACCUGGCUGGUCUCGGACCAGCUUCCAAACAUUCAGAUGACUUCACGUGUAAGGCCUGGACCAUGCCAGAGCCUGGUCCUGCUUAUGAUCUGACGUUCUGUGAAGUGAGAGAUAGUUCAGUGGUGCUUGAGUGGAACAAGCCUAUCUAUACUGGUUCCGGACCAAUCACAGGCUAUCAUGUUGAGUAUGCUGAGACCGGCUCCUCUGUCUGGAUCACAGCAAAUGAAACAGCCGUCAGUAACCGCUUCCUGAAGGUGACAGGUCUUGUUAAAGGAACAAGCUAUGUGUUCAGGGUGAGAGCCGUUAAUGCUGCAGGAGUGGGUAUGGCCUCGAUGCCCUCUGACCCCAUGACUGCCAAGACUGUGGAAGGCUCCCAGGAAAUCUCAUGUGUGGUGGAUGAGAAGUCUGGAGAUAUUAUUCUUUCGUUUGAGUCCUGCCAACUAGACGAGAGUUCUCAAUUCAUCUGGAAAAAAGAUUAUAAAGAAAUCACACAUUUCUCCAAAGGACUGACGAUUAAGACCGAAGGCAGCCACUCUAAGCUGAUCUUUAAGAAUCCAGAUAAAGAAGAUAUUGGAACAUACUCCGUUUCCGUCACCAACACCAGCGGGGUGUCCUCCAGCUACACCAUCUCAGCUGAAGGUUGCUAACUUAAAGAAGGAAUCGGCGUUCCACUGGUAUAAAGACGACACAGAGAUUAUCCCUGAUGUAAAGCCAGACCUCGGAUCAGGAGUAUGCAAGCUGCCGAUUAAAGAAUUUUCCCUGAAGACUACAGGAGUUUAUAAAGCCACCAUAAGUGACGACAGAGGAAAAGAUAUGAGCCAAAUCGAUGUCAAGGGAAAAAUUUUUGAGGAUGCCAUAAACAAGCUCAGCCAGCUGGCUGGAGCCAGCGCUGAAGAGCUGGUGAUUAAGUGCACCGCAACCGGCAUUCAGCUUCAGUGUCGCAUGAAGUAUUACACCUCCGAGAUGAACAUCACCUGGUUUCACGGCGAGUCUAGACUCGCCCACAGUGAGAAGAUUGUGAUUGGAGGAACUCCUGCUAUGGCAACAAUGGAGGUGGUUGAGCCCACGGACAAGGAUAAAGGAUUGUACUCUAUUGUAAUCACCAACUCUGAGAACUCACAUAAACGAACCCUGGACCUCAGCGGUGAUGCAUAUGAGAAAGCAUACGCCGAGUUCCAGAAACUAAAGGCCGAGGCUUAUGCUGAAAAGAACCGCGGUAAGGUUGUCGGAGGACUGCCUGAUGUUGUCACUAUUAUGGAAAAGAAGACCCUGAGUUUAACCUGUACAGUGUGUGGAGACCCCAAGCCUCAGGUGUCAUGGCUGAAGAAUGGAGCUGAUGUUGAACCUGAUGACCAGUACGUGGUCUCCAUAGACCAGGGAAAGUUUGCUAGCCUGACGAUCAAAGGUGUUUCCAUGGAGGAUUCUGGCAGAUAUGCAAUGAUUGUCCAGAACAAAUACGGAGGGGAGUCUGUGGAUAUAGUGGUCAGUGUGUACCGCCACGGGGAGAAAAUCCCUGAGGCAAAACCAGCUUUCACCCCUAAAACGAUCAUCCCUCCUAAACUCCCCAUCGAGAUCCCACAGCCUAAAAUCCAGCCUGCCAGCGCAGCGCCCACCACAUCGACUCCCAGCCCCGCUCCCCCGAAGGCACCAGCAGGCAGAGGGAUGAAGAGUCCCACUCCAUCUCGGAGAAAGUGAAGAGCAUGAAAGUUAUAAAUGAGGAAAGAAACAUAUUCACGCAAUGGUUCUCAUAUAGACCACACAUAUGGAAGCUUUCAUUGGUGUGCUCUGUCUGGCAUAAAAUUCAGCUGAUGUGCUUGGAAUUAAAUUAGAGUUUAAAUAAAUCCCAACAUGAAAAAAAAUAAACUAAUCUCGAGACUGUAAAACAUUUAUCUUCUUUGAAAGGUCAUUUUAUGAAAGCGAUGCAAAAUAUGUUUAAAUGAACAUUAACAUAAACAUAAAUUAAAAGUGGUUUAAACAUAAAAUUGAGCUGAAAUAAAGCUGGAAGUCUAAUACGACUCACUGGAAAAUAAAGAGUGAAAUGUGUUUGUAUUGAAAGUGUUUGAAUAAACUGUUGAUCAAAAUAGAAAAAUUAAAUCUGCAAUGCUGGCACCGUUGA